AUGGCAGCGCCGCCACCGCAGUCGCCUUCUCCGGCGACGCCCACUCCUGCUGCGCCAUCGCCGGGAAGCCAGUCUUCUUCCGCUCCUCUUCCUUCCCAUGGUUUGACCCAGGCCGCCGUGAAAAAUGAGGCUCCGACGACGAACAGCGCGAAGGAGAAGAGCCCUUCCUCUCUCGGAUCUUCCGCCAAGGAACCCGCCUCUGCCUCCGUCCACACCGCCAUCGCCGUCCCCAGCCAUUCGAGUAUGAGCUAUACGAUAUCCUGAAAAAUUGUGGAGGAUUUCUGUGAAACGCCUGACUGAGGGAUUGAUUCUCUCUCAUUCUUCCCCUUAUGAUAUCAGGGUGGUUCUCCUUCGGGGAAAUCCACGCGACCGAGCGCAGGAUCUUGCCGGAGUUCUUUGACGGGAAGUCGCCCUCGAAGAACCCUAGCCUGUAUAUGUACUAUAGGGACUUCAUCGUCCGACGGUUCAGAGAGAACCCGGCUAGGAAGAUCUCAUUCACGGAGGUGCGCCGGUCGCUCGUCGGGGACGUCGGGUCGGUGCGCCGGGUUUUCGACUUCCUCGAGACGUGGGGAUUGAUAAACUAUACUGGAUCGGAAAAGCAGGGGGCAAAGGGUGGCGUGGAGGAUAAGGAGAAGAGGGGGACGGAUGAGGGAGCAGGCAACGGGCUGGGCGCCGUGAAAUCCUUCUGUACGACGUGCAAGUCGGAGUGUAACAUCGUUUGCUUCGCCACUGAAAAGGUUAGCUCCGUGAGCUUUGGAUUUCGGUUGUAAUUCCUUCGGAAUUUCCAUGAGUACGAUCCACAUUGUUCUAGGGUUUUGUUUCCCGUUGUUAGGUGCCAGAUCUUAUUCUCUGUGCAAGAUGCUUUGUUCGCGGAAGUUUCCGGGGCGGACUGACACAUGCGGACUUCAAGCGGGUCGAUGUCAGCAGUAGCUCCGAGGAGAAGAAGAGAGACUGGACUGACAAAGAUGUCCUUCAUCUACUGGAAGCGCUGUUACUGUUUGGGGAUGACUGGAAGAAGGUGGCUGAACAUGUGGGUGGUGGGAAGAGUGAGAGGGAUUGCGUCAUGAGGUUCAUCCGGCUGCCGUUUGCGGAGCAAUUCGUGGAACCUUUGGGUAGUCAGACAUAUGCUCAGUAUCAUCAAGAGGAUGAUCAUGGUGACACCAAAACUGGAGGUGGGAAUGUUGUGCAGUCAUCUGCCUUGAAGCAGAUGCGUCUUUCACCGCUAGCAGAUGCAAGUAACCCAAUCAUGUCUCAGGUGUGUUCUUAAGUUGUGGGGAAAUCACAUUUACACGUUGGGAUGCAAGUAUGUUUUACCUAAAUUAUCGAAUUCUUUUUCCUCCAAGCAAAUAUUAUCGUCUCUUUUGAAUAGUUUAUAUUGUUUCAAUUAUCUUUAUGGCAUUAUUUCAAUCCCCAUAAUUUAUUUUUUCGAAAAUUUCCCCUGUUGUCUGAUGCUAAAAUAGCCCAUGAAUAUAACUUUUUAUGCCAUUUAAGCUGCUUUGACAUCCAAAUAAAUAUUUUUUUAUGCCGCAGAAAAUGUUCAAUGCUUUAUGUUCAGCGGACUUACCCAAAAAAUUCCAGUUUUAAAUACUAGUCGUGAUAUCUUGUAGGAUAAGUAUUUUCGUGAUGGCUCGUAGUUUAGAAAUGUGUAGAGUUAUUAUCUGAAAGGUUACUGAAGAUUGACAAUUCAACAUGGCAAAUAAUGUUAGAAAGAGCCGGUGGAAGGGGAAACACAGAAAAGAAAAAAAAUUCAUGUGGGAGCUUAAGGGGAUUGAGGGUAUGUAUGACGACCGUCACUUGGAAUGAUAGGUGAGUGUGUAGGUAUGAGAAGAAGACAGUGACGUAGUUAGCGAAAAAAGGAAGAAUAAUCUUUUCCUAUUUUUUGAAAGUAGAUAAUAUCACAUAUUCAUUAUACAGAAAAAAUAACAGCAUGGAUAUACUCAUGUACGCCAAAAAAUUUACAUUAAGAACUCCGUAUGCUAAUUAAUAUUUGCUUACAAAAAAAAAAAACGACAGCAUGGAUUGUAGAAAAAAUAAACAUAAAAAAGGGAACCAAGGCUCUUGGCUCUUGCCCAGGUGGUGAAUAUGCAUACCACAAGGUUCAAGCAAAUGAGAGGCCAUACAUUGUCUAAGUCUCUUUUACCACAAAAGCUUCAAACAUUGUAGGGACUGCAGAAUCAUUAGUAGGCCCUUCUCUUCUUCCCAAUUCUCUCUUCGUCUCCUUACCUUUAUCUCUUUCUUCAUCUUUUCCAUUUUUUUCUUCCGAAAUAUAUGCAUUGAAGAAAUUUUCAAUUAUUUUGGAUUGCAUGUUUAGGAGAAAAGAGAAAUGAGAGAGAGUCUUUUUUAUAGAUGGUCUUACCUUCAAGUAGUUAUCAUUCUCGUGCAAUGAGUGCUUUUAGUCACCCAAGCGCCUGCCUACUUUGAGAUAGUUUUUUAGUUUGAAAGCCCGGAUAUCCUCAAAGCAAUGUGAUCAACUAAUUACUUGCUAGGCACAAUUGACAACAACAUUUUGUGUCACUGUUGACAAUAGCUUGAAGUUUGCAGAAAGCAACUUGUUCAGGAGAAUAGUAUCAUUAAGAAAGCAAGACUGGUAUGAAAAUCGAAACUCUCUCUUUUUCUGAUAGGCAUGCGAUUCAAACGAAGUUAGGAUUGGAACGCAAUUCUUGGGAAGAAAUAAUUCCUAGUAAUCUAAAAGCUCUGGCAAAAGCAGGGAUAAAGGAGAGAGUGAGGGAGGAACGUAAGAGACCACUGAUUGUUCUGUAGUCUCUGCGAGUGUUUAAUGAAAGAGAACUCUCCCAAUUUGCACACCUCUAUCAGUGACUCCCAUUUUUUCUAACCCCAUAGUUAUAUACAUGCCUUGUAUCGAUGGGGCGUAUGCCUUAGUUUCUUUUUUCCAUUUUUUAUAAAUAUUUUAUAUUUUUCAUGUAACAAAUAUGUUUAGGCACGUUCCAAAAAUGGAUCGGAAUGCCCAUCAAGCUGCACAUUUGCUGAAUUCUGUCUGCUAUUUUCUCACUUACUGAGAUCAGUUCAUCGAAUCCUAAGUUGAUUUAUUCUGUCUCUAGAACCAUCUCGCUCUCCAUUAGCGAUUAAAUCUGUGUCCCAUGUUGAGUGGCUUAUCAGCAGUCUCUGUGGAUCAUAAAGUCAGUACCCAGCCAUUCAGUUUCUUCUCUUUGAGACUACGGAAAUUUAAAACUGACUGCUAUGGAAACUCCCGGUCUCCUCAAGCGUGGCUACAUCCUCGCUCCAUUCCCAGCUUCCUGCUCCAAUCCUCCAACUGGUCAAACGACCUUUUUUUUGGUGAAAAUGACAAACGAUUUGACUGCCAUGCGAGUUAUUUUCUUCUCCAUUUGCACGUAUGAUUCUUCAUUCCAGCUUCGAGAUCAAACUUUCGUGCAAUACAUGUGAGUGAUGAAUAAAUAUUGAAUACAAUCCCUGGUGUGGAAUUUAUUUUUCCUAUUAUUACAAGUCUCUGUGGAUCGUAAAUACUUUUCGUGGUUGUUCAUCAGAAUCAUCUUAUUCAUCUAUAUUCACUUCUAAUAAAGCUAUCAAACAUUGAUAUUUAAUGCAAUGGAUUAUGGUUGGUUAUCAAUGAUGGUGAUGUUUAUGCAAAUUUAUCAACUUGAUGGGUUUCUCAGGUAGCCUUCCUGGCAACGAUAGCUGGGUCAGAGAUUGCUGAAGCCGCAUCUAAGGCUGCCAUUGCAGCUCUAGAUGAGGUAAAUGGAGACGGUUCUCUCUUGGAGGAUGUUCGAGAUUCUGGAGCAAUUGAUGGUGAUGCAGACGGUAAGGGUACCUUUCUGGGCCGGAUUUUGGAAAUACAUGUAUUUCAAUCUUAAUAAAUACGCUCAGACAGUUUCCAUCAUAUGCUGGUCAGUAAUAUUCAGAAAAAUGCACAAUCUAACAAAUAAAAAUGAUUUUUUUUUUCUUAAUUUGCAUUCAGUGUCUAUGGUCAAUAGGGUUUAUGGCAACUAUGUUGUUAGUUUAUUUAGUGAACUGGAAUGGAUGUUAUUUGGUUAUUCUAGGGACAGGAUAACAAUUUUUAGCUGAUAUUGCAUGAAAUUGUUGGCCAUUCUCUUAAACUGAUUCUAUCGAGCUCUUAUUACUAG